UUAGCCUCUUUUUUUUUUAUUUGUGCAAUUCUGAUAUAGUAUUAGAGAUUGUAAAAUGUAAUUCUGUGACGUAUAAAGAAAGAAGUAUCUUUUAUUCGUUCGACGUGAAUUUAUUAUUCUGUGUCUCUCUUUUGAAUGUCUGAUGCAACCUGAGGCCAUAUGCAGUUAGAGAGCUCUAGGAUAUCAAAAUGUUAACCAGUAUGAAUGCAAAACAAAUACGGCAAGCUUAUAUCGACUUUUUCAAAAGUAAAGGUCAUCAGUAUGUGCAUUCAAGUUCAACUAUACCUCAUGAUGACCCAACUUUACUUUUUACAAAUGCUGGAAUGAAUCAGUUUAAGCCGAUAUUCUUAGGAACAGUUGAUCCUAAUAGUGAUAUGGCAAAAUGGGUACGUGUAGUUAAUAGUCAAAAGUGUAUUAGAGCUGGCGGUAAGCAUAAUGAUCUGGAUGAUGUUGGCAAAGAUGUUUAUCAUCAUACAUUUUUUGAGAUGAUGGGUAAUUGGUCCUUUGGAGAUUAUUUCAAGAAAGAAAUAUGUACUUGGGCUUGGGAAUUUUUGACAGACGUAUUGAAAUUACCAGCUGACAGAUUGUAUGUGACAUAUUUUGGAGGUGAUGAAAAGAAUGGAUUAGCACCAGAUGAUGAAUGCAAGGAAAUAUGGCUUUCUUUAGGAGUACCUGCCUCACACGUUUUACCAGGCAGCAUGAAAGAUAAUUUUUGGGAAAUGGGUGAAACUGGACCUUGCGGACCGUGUAGUGAACUUCAUUACGAUCGUAUUGGUGGUAGAGAAGCAGCUCACCUUGUCAACAUGGAUGAUCCUGAUGUCUUAGAAAUCUGGAAUCUCGUAUUUAUUCAAUAUAAUAGAGAGUUGGAUGGCAGUCUUAAAUCAUUACCGAAGAAACAUAUAGAUUGUGGUUUGGGUUUAGAGCGAUUGGUAUCAGUAAUUCAAAAUAAACGUGCCAACUAUGACACUGAUCUAUUCAUGCCUUUAUUUGUUGCGAUUAAAAAAGGCACAGGUGCACCGCCCUAUCAGGGCAAAGUAGGAGCCGACGACGUUAACGGAAUAGAUAUGGCAUACAGAGUUCUGGCCGAUCAUGCUCGAACUAUUACAAUUGCUUUGGCAGAUGGAGGAAUGCCUGAUAACACCGGCAGGGGAUAUGUCUUGAGAAGAAUUUUACGCCGUGCUGUGCGCUACGCAACAGAGAAGUUAAAUGCUAAGCCAGGAUUUUUUGGAUCUCUAAUAAAUGUAGUUGUGGAUCUUCUUGGUGAAGUUUUUCCAGAAGUAACAAAAGAUCCGCAAAGUAUAAUUGACAUUGUGAACGAGGAAGAAGCGCAAUUUUUGAAAACUUUGUCGCGCGGUCGUAACUUGUUGAAUAGAACAAUAGCAAAGUUGGAGUCAGCCGAUACUGUGCCGGGUGAUGUAGCGUGGCGCUUGUAUGAUACUUACGGUUUCCCAAUAGAUCUCACUCAGCUAAUGACUGAAGAAAAAGGAUUGAAAAUCGAUAUGAUGGGUUAUGAAGAGUCCAAAAAACAAGCACAGUUAAUUUCUCAAAGUAAAGCCGGCGGAAUAGAUGAUCAAAUUAACUUGGAUAUCCAUGCCAUCACUGAAUUGCAAGAGCAAGGCGUUAAGCCUACGGAUGAUUCUCUGAAAUAUGAUUACAAAGUCAGAAAUUCUGUUAUGUAUAAGGAAUAUGAGUUUGGAGCGUGCACUGGUACUGUAAUUGCACUAAGACGCGCCAAGACUUUCGUCGAUGCAGUAUCUUCCGGUGAUGAAGUUGGAAUUUUACUGGACAGAACAAAUUUUUACGCGGAACAAGGAGGACAGAUAUAUGAUGAGGGAUUUCUGGUGAAAGUUGAUGACGAGGCCACAGAGAUUCGCAUAAAGAACGUUCAAGUCAGAGCCGGCUAUGUGUUGCACAUUGGCACUGUGGGUGAAGGCACAUUGAGAAAAGGAGAUAAAGUCCACACAAAUGUGGAUACAGCACGUAGACGGUUUAUAAUGGCCAAUCAUAGUGCUACACACGCCCUGAAUCAUGCACUCAGGAAAGUUCUGGGAACAGAAGCCGAUCAGAAAGGAUCAUUGGUUGCGCCAGACAGACUCCGCUUUGAUUUCACGAACAAAGGACCGAUGACAACGGAGCAGGUGAAAAACACGGAAAAUAUCACCAACGACAUAAUAAAGAGAAAUAAGACAAUUUAUGCUAAAGAGAGUAAUCUAGCUUUGGCGAAAACCAUUCAAGGUUUACGCGCAAUGUUCGAAGAGACGUAUCCCGAUCCAGUGCGCGUUGUUAGCAUGGGCAUACCAGUUGAAGAUUUAGAAAAGGAUCCCUUAAGCGCAGCUGCUCUUGAAACUAGCGUAGAAUUUUGCGGUGGAACGCAUUUGCACUACACCGGCCAUAUAGGUGAUUUUAUAAUAGCUAGCGAGGAAGCUAUCGCUAAAGGUAUCAGGCGCAUAGUAGCGCUCAGCGGACCCGAAGCAACCAAGGCUCUUAAGAAGGCGACGUUGUUGCAAAAUCAACUGAUCCAACUUCAGGCGACGAUUGAAGCCGACAAGUCUGGAAAAAAGUCUAAGGAAUACGUGAAAAAUAUCGUGGAAUUAACGGAAGACAUAUCGCAUGCCAUCAUUCCUGGAUGGAGAAAGGAUUGUAUGCGGAACAUGUUGAAAGAAUUGAAGAAGUCUCUCGACGAUAAGGAACGAGCGGCCAAAGCGGCUAUCGCUAAUACGGUUGUGGAAACGGCACAGUCCAUAAUAGAGUCCAAACUCGGAUGCCAAGUAUUGGUUGAGGUGCUGGAAGCCUACAGUAAUACGAAAGCUCUGGACACGGCGUUGAAGAAAAUUAGAGCUGUGUCGCCGGAAACUAGCGCCUUGCUUAUAAGCGUCGAUCGCGAUGUCAAAAAGAUAUUCGCUCUCAGUUCUGUUCCCAAGUCUGCAGUAUCCAAAGGACUGAAGGCGAACGAAUGGAUUCAAGCGAUUGCACUUGUGAUGUGCGGCAAAGGAGGCGGAAAAGCGGAAUCUGCACAAGCUUCCGGUACUAAUAUAGCAUGCGUUAAUGAAAUAGUGAGAAAGGCCAGUGAGUUUGCCAAUGAAAAACUUGGGAUCACAGACAAUAGUACUGCUAACAAUAGUCCUAAAACUUCAGAAAAUGACAUUCAAUCACUUAAUGUGGGAUCUUCAUCAAAAUUGGUGCUUUAUGCAAAUAUUGGGAGCACUAAAUGUUAUUUGGCACAAAUAGUCGCGCAAUAUAGUGGCAAAAGUUUGACUUUAAAGCAAGUUAAAAGUGGCAAAAUUAAUUCUGGCGAUGUAAUGUUAGAAACGGCAGACGUUACGUUGCAUAACAGCAACGCCAUUGCAUUUUUCUUAUCAAAUUCGCAGCUACGGCGUGAAGAUGACUUGCUAGCGUCCAGUCAAAUUUUACAAUGGACUAGUUACGCGCAAAACCACAUUUUACCGGCGGUCAGUGGCUGGGUGCUUUCAUCGCUCGGCAUUUCCGCCUUCAAAGAUAUGAAAGCAAAUGCAAAGGCUUCUAAAGAGGAUCUUCUAGGAGCUCUGAAAAAGUUGGACGACAUACUAUGUACAAAAACAUAUUUGAUAGGAGAAAGGAUUACUCUUGCGGACAUAUUCGUCUUCACCGCAUUGAUGCCUUUAUACGAACACGUGUUUGAUCCACAUCUUAGAAAGCCAUACACGAGCUUAAACAGGUGGUUUUCAACGAUCUUGAAUCAGCCGCAAGUAAAAUGUGUAGUUAAGAAUUUUACAUUUUGUACAAAAGCUGCGUAAUGUUAACGCGAUAAGAACAUUAUAAUUUUGUA